AUGGAAGUCAGUCAAAUUAGAGGAUAUACACUCACAUGCAAAUUUGAGGCACUCCUGCAGAACUUUGAAUGUCACAUAACAGGGGUGUAUGCCCCAAACUGUAAUAUUGAGAGGAGGAAAGUUUGGUGGGAGAUAGGAGUUGUGAGGGGUUUGGUGGAGGGCCCAUGGUCUGUUUGUGGUGAUUUUAACGUUACCAUAUUUCCUUCUGAGAAAAUAAACUGCCUUAGGAGAUCCAGAGCAAUGGUGGAAUUUUCAGAUUUUAUAGAUGAUAUGAAUCUGAUUGAUCUCCCACUAGAAGGAGAUCAUGUUCCCGGGUCUUUACAAUGUGGUUAUUGGGAAUACACCAAGUCAUACUUCAAGUUUGAUAACUGGUGGCUGAACACAAAAGGCUUCAUAGAUAGAAUCAAAGAAUGGUGGACAUCUUUUGAAUUUUCAGGGAGGCCAAAUUUCAUCUUAGCUUGUAAAAUGAAAUCACUCAAAGGCAAGCUGAAGGAAUGGAGUAGAAGUAGCCAGGGGAAUUUGGGAUUGCAAAAGACCAACAUGCUAAAUCAAUUAGCAAUGUUGGACUCUACUCUAGAAUAUAGAGCCCUAACAGAAGAGGAAUCAGUGAAGAAGGCCUCUCUUCUCAUGGAAUAUGAGGAACACCUGAAAAAUGAAGAAAUUGAAUGGAGGUAG